CACCAUACGUCACUUCCGGUUGCAUAUGUAAACACAGUGAAGUUGUGAAGAGAUUGCUAACUCUGUGCCGAUAUGGCGGAAAACACCUUGACACUGACAGUUGCUCAUGGCACGACCAAACACAACAUCACUCUAACUGCACAAGAAGGACACGAACUAUUAUUAAAGGAUUUGUGUGAAACGCUGACCGAAGCCACAGGAGUACCAGCACCAUCCCAGAAAAUUAUAUUUAAAGGGAAAUCUUUGAAAGAGAUGGAGGUAUCUCUGUCUACCUUUGGAAUAAAGCAGGGUUGUAAACUAAUGAUGAUUGGAAAGAGGAACAGCCCAGAGGAGGAUGCCGAGCUUAAAAAGCUCAAAGACAUAGAAAAGUCAGUGGAACAAACAGCCAAAAAGCUUGAGAAAGUGGAUGGUGAACUGACCGGACUAAAGAAUGGCUUUCUUGCAAAGGAGUUGCAGGCCGAGGCACUUAACAAAAUGGACCACAGGGUGAAAGUAGCCGCUGAGCAGUUAAUGAAGAUUCUAGAGGAGAUUGGUGCAAUGAGAUUGCCUGAGAGUUUUAGUGAUUGCAGGAUGAAAAAGAAAGGACUUGUGAAAACUGUACAGGGCUUCUUAGCUCAGUGUGACAAAAUUGAAGCUGGAAUAUCAGAUCACUUGGCCAAGAUUCAGACCAAAAAUUUAGCUUUAGCAGAGUGAUCGUGAAUACUCCUGACAUCAGUUGUUACCUGAGUUGCUCUGUGAGCAACUGAAGAACCCAAGAGCUUCGGCACUGGAGGUGGUCCUGCAAUUUGCCUACAUCCCAUGUCCUACACAUACCUGCCCAAGGAAGAAUGGAGCGAUUUAAAAAAAAAAAAAAAAAAAAAAAAACUAUUUUCUUCCAAGUUUAGAUUUUUCAUGCUAACCAAGUGUUGUAAAUGCUUAUGGCUUUGUCAAGUUUAGUGAAGAAUACAUGUGAUAAAAUGCUUUUACCAUCUUGACAGGCUGAACCAUUGAUCAGCACUGCUCUCUCUUAUACAACUUUGUUUUCUAUUAUUUUGGUCAAAGAGAAGGAAUAAUGGUGCUACAAGAUUAUCCUUGUAAAGGAUCUCAACUAAUUAGGUAAUCUGAUUUAUGUUUUUUUUUUAAAGGUGUUCGUAUUUUAUUUAGUUUUUCACUCUACAUAAAUCAGCGUAUAUAAAUGUGCAGUAAAAGAUUUGGAUAAAAAAAAAUUUAUUUAUGAAGAAAUUGAACUUUGGCAAAGAAGUGUAUCUUGAUAGUUCUUAUAUUUGUUUUUUUUUUUUGUUUUUUUUGGUCAUGAUUAAAUCUCAGGGUGCACAAAACCACUGUGGUGGUCUCCAAUAUUGUCGAUAUGUUCUUAAAAGAAAUUAAAAAAUUUCAAGACAAUUUUCUAUCAUGUGUUGUCCCAGUAAAUUAAGCACUCAUCUCAUUUGGUAGUUUGUCCUCUUAAUUUUCUGUAUAGUCCUAA